AUGGGAAAGCCUAACGGUAUUCGUACUGCUCGCAAGCUCCGCUCGCGCCGCAGGGUGCAGAAGUGGGCCGACAAGACGUACAAGAAGGCGCAUUUGGGCACCAGGUGGAAGGCGAACCCGUUCGGAGGCAGCUCCCACGCCAAGGGCAUCGUCGUCGAGAAGCUGGGUAUUGAAGCUAAGCAGCCCAACUCAGCUAUUCGUAAGUGCGUUCGCGUGCAACUGAUUAAGAACGGCAAAAAGAUCACUGCUUUCGUUCCUCGUGAUGGCUCCUUGAACUACAUCGACGAGAACGACGAAGUCUUGGUGGCAGGUUUCGGUCGAAGUGGCCACGCCGUCGGUGAUAUUCCCGGUGUGCGUUUCAAGGUGGUGAAGGUUGCGGGAGCUUCUCUGCUUGCUCUUUUCAAGGAGAAGAAGGAGAAGCCGCGCACGUAA